AAGUCUGAGCAUGUCCAGGUCGGCUGGGUGCGUUUGUUCCUGUGUGUGUGAGUGGGUGAGAUUGCUCCGUCUCUGUUCCUCCAGGAAAAUGCGCCCUGUGCCGCCCGCAUCCAGAGACCUCAUCCCGCAGAGGUGACCUGCACGGACAGGCUGCAACUAGCAGGCACUGCCAGCCUCGACUACCCAACGAGCUGAGUGUGCAGGACGCGCCCCCAGCACAGCCACCUACGGCCGCUGAAUGAAGCUUCCAGGAGUCCGCUCCCGGCCGGCUGCGCCCCGUCGGAGGUGCACCCGCUGAGAGCGCCUUGGCACCAAAAGCCGGUGCGCUCACCUGCCAGCCUGCCGGCCAUGGGGCCACCCGGGAACGGCAGCGACUUCUUGCUGGCACCCAACGGAAGCCGUGCUCCAGACCACGAGGAACGGGAUGAAGCGUGGGUGGUGGGCAUGGCCAUCGUCAUGUCGGUUAUCGUCCUGGCCACAGUGUUUGGCAACGUGCUGGUCAUCACGGCUAUUGCCAGGUUCGAGCGACUACAGACCGUCACCAACUACUUCAUAAUCUCCUUGGCGUGUGCUGAUCUAGUUAUGGGCCUAGCAGUGGUACCAUUUGGGGCCAGUCACAUACUUAUGAAUAUGUGGAAUUUUGGCAACUUCUGGUGUGAGUUCUGGACUUCCAUUGAUGUGUUGUGCGUCACAGCCAGCAUCGAGACCCUGUGUGUGAUUGCAGUGGAUCGCUAUAUUGCUAUCACGGCGCCCUUCAAGUACCAGAGCCUGCUGACCAAGAAUAAGGCCCGAGUGGUCAUCCUGAUGGUGUGGAUUGUGUCCGGUCUUACCUCCUUCUUGCCCAUCCAGAUGCACUGGUACCGUGCCACCAACAAGGAAGCCAUCACCUGCUACACCAACGAGACUUGUUGUGACUUCUUCACGAACCAGGCCUAUGCCAUUGCUUCCUCCAUUGUGUCUUUCUACGUGCCCCUGGUGGUCAUGGUCUUUGUCUAUUCCAGGGUGUUCCAAGUGGCCAAAAGGCAGCUCCAGAAGAUAGACAAAUCUGAGGGGAGAUUCCACGCCCAAAACCUCAGCCAGGUGGAGCAGGAUGGGCGGAGUGGGCAUGGACUCCGAAGGUCCUCCAAGUUCUGCUUGAAAGAACACAAGGCCCUCAAGACCCUCGGCAUCAUCAUGGGCACAUUCACCCUCUGCUGGCUGCCCUUCUUCAUUGUCAAUGUUGUGCAUGCCAUCAAGGAAAACCUCAUCCCUAAGGAAGUUUACAUCCUCCUUAACUGGUUGGGCUAUGUCAAUUCUGCUUUCAAUCCUCUCAUCUACUGCCGGAGCCCGGAUUUCAGGAUUGCCUUUCAGGAGCUUCUGUGCCUUCGCAGGUCUUCUUCGAAGACCUAUGGGAAUGGCUACUCCAGCAACAGCAAUGGCAAAACAGACUAUACAGGGGAGGCCAGCGGAUGUCAGCUGGGGCAGGAGAAAGAAAGUGAACUGCUGUGUGAGGACCCCCCAGGCACGGAAGGCUUUGGGAACUGUCAAGGUACUGUGCCUAGCCUUAGCAUUGAUUCCCCAGGGAGGAACUGUAGGACAAAUGACUCACAGUUGUAAUGCAGGCUUUCUACUUUAUAAGACCCCUCCCUGACAGGACACUAACCAGACUAUUUAACUUGAGUGUAAUAACGUUAAAAUAAAAGUGUAUAGAGAUUUGCAGAAGGAGCUCAUCCUUCUGCCUUUUUUUUUAUUUUUUUAAGCUGCGAAAUGAAGAGAGAAACUGUAUUUGAGUGCUUAUAUGUUUUAUUUGUUUCUUGUACAGUUCAGUUCCUCUUUGCACGGAACUUAAAAAGUUUCUGUCUGAAGUGUGUCGGUCCUAGAGGACUGGGUCUGUAUGUUUGGAUGAUGUUUCCUUGUAUCUACCUCACUGGUCAAGUAUUAAGGAUAACAUUUAUUGCUGCUGGAAAUUUGUAUCUUAAGGAGAGAGUUUCCUUCCUGUACCCUUGGACUUGAACAUCCUGUGUCUUGGACCUUUCUGCUGUGAAUAUGGACUCUCUCCCACUCCGUUUAUUUGCUCAAAUGGAGUGUUGUAGGCAGGGAUUGGAGGGACAACAUCAGUUGUUUUCCUGAGCAAAGUCUAAAGUUUACAGUAAAUAAAUUGUUUGACCAUGA